AUGGAUAGAAAACUGAAGAUAGCCCAUGAGACUGCCUCCUGCUACAAUUCACACAACAACAUGUUCAAAUAUCUGGAACGAUUUCUAAACUCUUAUAAAGGAUCCUCGAAAUUUUCGCUGUCAUGGGUUACGAAACUGGCACACGAUGACUCUGGUCGACUGUAUAAAGGAGAGACUACGAUAAUUAUAUCGUAUCGGGAGAUCCGAUUUGCUCUUGACAACUCCUUCGUUUUCUUUAUUGGUGAUCAUGGGCCACGCUUCGGAAAGGAAACGAGAACUACCUUUGGAAGGCAUGAAGCCAACAACCCGUUCCUCUAUAUGACCGUUCCGAAAUCAUUGAGAAACUCAGAAAUGUUCAAAGUUCUCAAGGCCAAGGAAUACGAACUCAUUACACCUCAUGACAUUCAUGCAACACUGAAGGACAUUCUAGAGGAGCAGCCUUUUUCGAACUUCCUUGAUACGGCGUACAAGUCAUUUCUACCGUUGAGCCGUGGCUCAUCGCUUCUUCGUGAAUUUGAACAAGGGAUGGUUCGCAAUUGCAAGACGUUGCCAAUUCCUUCACAGUACUGCAUAUGUCAAUACGAGAAAAUACCGCUUGAUGAUGAUGCGCUGGCUAUUAAACUUGGCCAAUUUGCCGUGGACGGUAUCAAUGCUGUUUUGCAAGAAAACAACGUUUCUGAGAAUUGCUCACAUCUUAUCCUUCAUCAGGUCCACUCGGUCUUGUGCUACGUGUUGCCGGAAGAACAGCGAAAGGAUACUGCGAUCUAUGACGUCACCUUUCAAGUUUCACCUUCUGGUGGUCUUUUUGAGAUUCCUAUUCGCUCGAAAAAUGGGGUGUUAAAAGUGGCUGGUUCGACAUUCACUCGCCUUAAUGAGUACGGAAAGCAAUCAGCUUGCAUCUCAAAGGAUUUCCUCAAGCCUUUGUGCCACUGCACCAGAUACGCUGAACCACCAGAAUCGUAA